AUGUCAGAGAAAGGGAAAUGGAAAGGACCGGCGAUCGGAAUUGAUUUGGGAACAACAUAUUCAUGUGUUGGAGUAUGGAAGCACGACCAUGUUGAAAUCAUAGUCAAUGAUCAAGGAAACAGAACAACGCCUUCCUAUGUUGCAUUCACGGAUAAAGAGCGGCUGAUAGGUGAUCCAGCUAAGAAUGGGGUUUGUAUCAACUCCUUGAACACUGUUUUUGAUGCGAAGAGAUUGAUUGGUAGAAGGUUCAGUGAUCCUUUGGUGCAAAGUGACAUCAAAACCUGGCCAUUCAAGGUGAUUUCCGGGUUAAACGACAAACCAAUGAUUGUUGUCAACUACAAGGGUGAGGAGAAGCAGUUCUGUGCAGAGGAAAUCUCUUCCAUGGUUCUAACGAAGAUGAAGGAGAUUGCCGAGUCCUAUUUGGGAAUCCCCGUGAAAAAUGCUGUCAUUACAGUCCCGUCCUACUUCAACGACUCUCAAAGACAAGCGACCAAAGACGCUGGCAUAAUUGCGGGUUUGAACGUGAUGCGUAUCAUCAUUGAACCAACUGCUGCUGCGAUUGCCUAUGGUCUAGACAAGAUAGAAAGUAAUGUGGGGGAGAAGAAUGUCCUCAUUUUCGACCUUGGAGGGGGAACCUUUGAUGUCUCUCUGUUGACCAUUAAAGAUACUGUCUUUGAAGUGAAGGCUACAGCUGGUGAUACCCAUUUGGGAGGAGAGGAUUUUGAUAACAUAAUGGUGAAUCAUUUUGUUCAGGAAUUCAAACGGAAAAACAAAAAGGACAUAAGUGAAAACCCCCGUGCCUUGAGAAGAUUGAGGUCGGCUUGUGAGAGGGCUAAAAGGGAUCUUUCAUAUACUGUCCAGACGACUUUAGAGAUUGAUUAUCUCUUAGACGGUGUUGACUUUUAUUUUAACUUAACCCAAGUCAUGUUUGAGGAGAAAAACAUGGAUCUAUUUAGUAAGUGUAUGGAGUGUGUUGAGAAAUGUUUGAAGGAUGCGAAGAUGGAGAAGAGCAACGUGGAUGAUGUUGUACUGGUUGGUGGGUCUACAAGAAUUCCGAAAGUGCAGCAGCUUCUUCAGGAGUUCUUCAAUGGAAAGGAACUCUGUAAAAACCUCAACCCUGAUGAGGCUGUUGCCUAUGGUGCUGCAGUUCAAGCUGCCCUUUUGAUUGGUGAGGAUUGUGAGAAAGUUCAAGAUCUGGUGCUUCUUGAUGUCAUUCCCCUCUCUCUUGGAAUCGAGACAGCUGGAGGCAUCAUGACAGUCUUGAUUCCUAGGAACACUACCAUUCCCACAAAGUUCGAGAAAGUCUGCACUACAGGUUCUGACAACCAAUCGAGUGUUUUGAUUCAAGUUUACGAGGGGGAGAGAUCCAUGACAAUAGACAAUAACUUUCUAGGAGAAUUUGAGCUGUCUGGAAUUCCCCCUGCGCCGAGGUAUGUUCCUCAAAUCAUGGUAUGUUUUGAUAUCGACGCGAACGGGAUCUUGAACAUUUCAGCAGAGGAAAAGACAACAGGGGAGAGUAAUAUGAUAACGUUAACAAAUGAGAAAUGGAGGUUAACGAAGGAAGAUAUAGAUAAGAUGAUAGAAGAUGCGGAGAAGUAUAGAGAAGAGGAUGAGAAGCAUAAGUUUGAAGUGGAAAGUAAGAAUGUUUUGGAGUUAUUUGCUAUCGACAUGAGAAACAAAGUCAAGAAUUUGGCAUAUGGUGACAAGUUGAAGAUAGAGAAGGUAAUAGAUGAUGCAUUUAUCUUGCUCGAUAACAAUCAGCUUACUAAUGAUCAUGAGUUCAAUUUCAAAAUUAUGGAUUUGUUAAGUGUGUGCAAUUCCAUCAUUUCUAAGGCUUCUGAUAUGAAAAUGAGGAAUUUGGAUACAGAUUAUGGGACCCAGAAAAGAAAAGAAUUGUUAGAUGCAGAGAUGUUGUGUUCUUCGAGGUCAACAGUAACCGAUGAAGAUGAACGUAAUGAAGAAGCCACUGAGGAAAUAUCUGACAUGAAUGGUAGUAAUGAUGAUGAGACUGUUUAUGAUGUUUCUGAGUAG